AUGGAUAAUACAACGAUCAUUGCUAAUGAGGUACCUAGCGGUGGGUAUAAAACGCUAGUGGUAGAAAACCUCCAAUCAAAAACUCAAAAUGGAGAACAACAAAGGAACGAGGCGGAUUGGGAUAUCGGUCCAAAUAUUGGUGGGAAACGAGACUCUUACAGUUGGCAGCAGGUUUUAAUUUAUAUCAAAAUGGACGAUGAUCAAAUCAGAUUGCUGCUGGAAGAGUUAAGUUCUAGCUCAACCUAUGAAGACAAAAAUGACAGUGAGGUGGAGAUAACGUGCAGUCUCAAUCUCAGUCUCAAUCCCAAUCUCAACCUUAAUCUUAAUCUUAACCUUAAUCUUAAUCUUAACCUUAAUCUCACUCUCAAUGUAAGUCUCAAUCUCAAUCUCAACUUCAAUCCCAAUCUCAAUCUUAAUCUCAGUCUAAAUCUCAAUCCCAAUCCCAAUUUCAAUACCAAUAUCAAUCUGAAUUUCAAUCUCUACAUCAAUCCCAGUCUUAAUCUCACUCUCAACCUUAUUCUCAGUUUAAAUCUCAAUCUCAUUCCCAAUCUAAGUACCAAUCUCAAUCUCAGUCUCAGUCUCAACCUCAGUCCUAGCCGCAAUAUCAGUCUUAGUCUCAGUUUCAAUCUCAGACUCAGUCUCUGA